AUGGUAAAGUAUGAGUGUCUGAUCAUAUUUGUCAUUAGCUGUUUUCUAAAUGAAUCAAAUACAACAAAAGUUCCUUUCCUAAAGCCGUGCGGGCCUAAUGAUUUUAAAUGUCUGUUAACUGUCAACACCCAAAUUUCGAUUCCUUACCUCGCUGCUGGUAUACCCGAACUUGGAGUUCCUGCCCUAGAACCAAUGUAUUUUAAAAAUAUUACUAUGGACCAAGGAUACUUCAAAUUUUUCUUACGAAAUAUGAAGGUAGUUGGUGCCAGUGGAUGUAAAGUUGUAGAAAUGGAGCAUAACGUUCAAGAACCCGCAUUGAAAAUUACUCUAGAUUGCCCAUUCGAAGCAACUGGCAGUUAUAUUUUUAGUGGACAUAUAUAUUUAUUCGCACUCAAAAAUGAAGGGGAAUACAAAAUUCAAACAGAUUCUAUAAGAACAACAAUUACUACUAAAAUCGAGGAAAUAUAUGGAGAUGAUGGCUUGAAGUACUGGAAUCUGACAGACUACGAAUAUUUCUACGAGCCAUUGAACAAAAUCCACUUGGAUCUUGGAAAUUUCUUUUCAGGUGACAUUAGCAAAGUACAACCUAUGUUGGAUAGUGUAAACAGUGACUGGUGGAUUUCAAUUGUAAAGAUUGGUGAGCCUGUAGCUAGGAGUAUAGUCAAGAACUUCUAUGAUGUUAUUAAAAUGUUUUUCCUUCGUGUACCUUUUAAUGAACUUGAAAUGCUCAAUUAA